CGCGGCUGCUUGCUUCCUGCUCUCAUGUCCAUCUGAGUUGGUCAGGAUGACGUCCUUCCUGGCAGAUAUAUACAAGAGGAAGCUCUAUGGCUGGCUGCUAUAUGCUUUUGCGAGUGAAGUCUUCGUAAUUGUGUCCCUGACAUUGUUUCUGCCCGUCGCACUUGAGCAGUUCGCAAGGGACAAUGGCUAUCUCUUGCCAGACAAGACGGAGCCGUGCUUCAGCGCAACAACGAGCGCGGCCGAGGAGUCAGCGCGCUGCGUUGUGAAGAUCGGCUGGAUUUGGGUGGAUAGCGCGAGCUUCAGCCUUUAUGUCAACUCAAUGUCAGUUGCGCUGCAGGCGCUUACCGUCAUCUCCAUGGGCGGUAUAGCAGAUCAUGCUCCCCACCGAAAACCUCUGCUCCUCUUCUUUGCCUUCCUCGGCUCGCUCUCCGCGACUUGCUUCCUCCUCUUGCCAUCUACAUCUCCUGUAUGGUGGCUCUGCGCCGUCCUUGGUAUAUUCGCCAACGUUGGCUUCGGCGCCAGCGUCGUCGCCAUGAAUGCCUACCUGCCCGAGCUCGGACGUGAUGCACCGUCGGUUGUGCAGCUCGCACAGCAGGCAGACGACGAAGCCUCUCCGCUUCUCGAUCCUCCGGUCCCCACGGACGACUCGCCGUCCUCGCCUACGAAUGGCCCGAAGCGUAAUGCCCGCUACGAAGCCGAGCUCUCGCGCACGACGUCGCGUAUCUCGUCUAUGGGCAUCGCUUUCGGCUACGGUGCAGGCAUCCUUAUGCUUAUUCUCGCACUAAUCCCCGUCACCCUCCUCAAGGGCUCUACCUGGGCGCUGCGCCUCGCCAUCGGGCUCAGUGGCGUCUGGUGGGCGGUAUUCUCCGUAAUCGCAGGCGCGCUCCUUCCCUCUCCACCUCCCACCUCUGCCGCUGCCUUCGACGGCCCACCCUUCACCCUCCUCCCCGCCAUUUUGGCCGCCUGGCGCCGCCUCGGGGGCAUGCUCCGCCCCACCGAGAUUGCCAAGCUGCGCACCACCUUCCAGUACCUUGCCGCCUGGUUCCUCCUGUCCGACGCCUUCACCACCAUCACGUCUACCGCGCUCCUCUUCGCGAAGACGUCCCUGCAUAUGCCGCCCUCAUCUCUCAUCAUCAUCGGCGUGCUCUCACCCUUGUCGGGCAUCGCCGGCGCGCUCGUGUGGCCCGUCGUGCAGCGGAGGCUCGGGUGGUCUAAUCUGCGGGUCCUCAUUACGCUGGUGGUGGGCGUGAGCCUGAUCCCGGCGUAUGGGUGCAUUGGGUUCGCGGGGAUGAAGGUCGGCGGGUUGACAACGCCGGGGGAGAUGUAUGGGCUGGCAGUCGUGUUUGGCUCGGUUUAUGGGGCCUUCCAGAGUUAUGCAAGGGCGUUUUAUGCGGAGUUGUUGCCGCCAGGGGAGGAGGCUAGGUGGUACGGCCUCUUCUCCAUCACGGACAAGUCGAGCUCGUUCAUCGGCCCUCUCGUUGUCGGCUUCAUCGCUGAUGUGACUGGUAACAUCCGUUAUGCGUUCUUCUUCCUCAUCGUAAUGAUCUGGCUCGCACUGCCUAUCCUCAUGACCGUGAACGUCGAGCGCGGGAGGAGGGAUGCGCAGAAUUAUAGGUAUUCGUCGUGACCCUAGGUACUCCCCAUAACCUUCAGUACUCUUCACUCAUGACCCUUUCGUCGUAAGUUGCUGCCCUGAGCUCACGCUGCUAUGCUGCACCUCUCGACCAGACGAUGUACUAUAGUAUACUAUCAACUACCCUAUUAUCUCGUGCGCAGCUGCCGAAGACUUUCAUCCACAUAGCGUCCGUUGUCUGUACUCACUGCAUAUAAUUUGUGCUGUCGAUGUCUGCACGUCGGCCAGGCAUUCC